AUGACUGUGUUGGCUGGUGAAGUCUUAUUCUUUCCUGAAAAUGAGAUUACUGAUUUUAACUCUUUCAAUGAGAAAAGCUUAGAAGACUUACGAUAUUUUGAUGAUUUUGAUGAAAAUGAACCAAAAGAGUUCUCAUAUGAUAUUUCAAUUAACUCUAACAAAGAAAGUAUUACUGUAAGUCCUAAUAAUCUCAUUAACGGAUAUGAUUCUAGUCUUCAUAAUCAAUUAAUAAAUGAAAAUGUUGAAAUGACGAAAAAUAGAAAAUUCGCUGGCGAAGCUAAGAAGUUGUUUCAAGCAUAUCAUGAAAUACCAUAUGAGGAAUUGAUAGAGACAAUACAGUUCAGAAGAUGUAUGUCUAUGGUUGUAUUGGCAAGAUUCUUAGAGAGAUUAGAAGCUCUUGAUGGACGAUUGAGAGAGAAAUUAUUAAUAAGAAGAGGGUUUUAUCUUCCGCGUCAGUGUGCUGAUGAAGAAUCAGAUGACGUUCUUCCAUUAAGUUAUAUAGAAAAAGUAUAUGAAUUCUUUCUAACUAUGAUAGAUAUCUAUAAGAAACAUAAUAAUAGUGUUGAUAGAAUUGGUAUAGAAAAGAUUGUAAAAGAUAAAUCGAUUGUACUAACUAAAUCCCAGGAUGACUUACAAGUUGCUCAUUGUAAAUAUACUUAUCAACAGAGUCAAGAAAGCCGUAGAGAAGAUUAUGUUCCUAUGAAGCGAACAAAUACUUUUUGGAAUGGAACUUUUUGCAAAAAUCCACAAGUUGUUCCAUAUAAAUCAUUAUUAGUGGAAGCCGAAAGAGUUUUAAUUCGGAUUACCGAGUCGAGAACUUUGGCCGAUGGUACUUACCUUGGAUUACUAGAGCCUAGGCGCCGUCUUCACAUUUUAAAAUAUGAAGCAUGUCAAAGUUUGGGCAUAUUCAAACAGCCAGUCGGUCUUGAUGAGGCUUUGAAAGAAGUUGAGCUACGCAAAGCUCAGAUUGAAGCAUUCAAGAAACAAAGUGAUUACAAGCCGCUAGAACUCACUGUAACACCUCCCAUUCGGACGUUAACAGCAGAGCAAAGAUUGGAGCAAAAGCGAUUAAGAGAAUCUUUCAAUCUUGGUAAAACAGAUAUGACUAAGUUGGCAGCUGCUAGAGCUUCGAUAGGAGACACUCUCACAAGUUGGGGAAUAUCUAUGCCUAAAAGAGAAGAUAACAAGGAUGCCAAAUCUAGUAACGAUGAUCUUAUUGAAAAAGAGCUUAAAAAGCUUCUCGAAUCUCAAGAGGCAGAGAAAACGGAGAAGAAGAAAAUGAGCAAGAAAGAGAAAGCGAGAGAAGCUAAAAGAGAAGAAGAGAGAUGGCUCAACUUCUAUAAAGACGUCACCAUACAUGAAGUUCCUCCUGAAAACAUGGGUGACUUCAUAUAUGCAAACUUGGAUAAAGGAAAAACUAAAUAUGCGGAAUACAUCAGAUACUUGUGGCCUACUUAUGUAACAGAUAUCGAUAAGAAGCAAGAAUUCUAUGACAAAACCAAACAGCCAGUCUCAGAAGUUAUAAAAGAGGUUAAGAUGCCCUUCAGUGAAGAUGAACUGAUGGCACGAAGAUUAUCUGAUUGCUAUGAUGCUCAUUUUGUACGUACUGGCCGUAAACGAGAGAGCUGCUCUGGGUGUUGUUUUGAUGAUAUAGAAGAAAGCGACGAAGAAGAAGACAUGGAGUUUCCAAAAUACCAUAUCAGAGAUCAGGGUCAAGCUUCUCAAAGGAUUAUUAAAACUUAUCUAGCCACAAGACAUAGACCAUUACGUGAAAAUGGAGAAGAGGAAAGUGAUCCAGAAGAAGAUGAAGGACAUAAAUUAGUUGAAAAGAUAUGGAAUAAUUUGGCCAGUAAACUACCCUGUGAUGAUCUCAUCAGUUUGCUUAUGGAUAGAAGUGUUAUUUGUGAGAAACCAACUGUUGCCGCUUUGAGAGCUGCUAAGAAAGGACAAAAAUUGAGAAUCAAAGAUGUUGCAGAAGCUAAUUCGCAACAAAAACAAAUCGACAUAAUGCAAAAAUGCAGCGAAUUUUUGCUUCAUCGUAGAGCCAUCGAGAGUGGAAUAGAAGAUCGGUUUAGAGGAAAAAUCAGAGAAGAACCUGACUGGAAUGAUCCGCAAAUCGAUGAGAUAAAAGCUCGCUUGAUACUUGUGCAUCCAGGUGAGGUGACUGAUAUGAAGUCCAUUACUGAGGAGCUAGAAGCAACUUUCAGCGAAGAAAGGAAAAACAGAAUUCCAACUUCUGAAGAGAAAAAAAUGGAGUCUAAGCUGAUUCUCGAUAUUAUGUGGAAAAGGUUUAAGCGUUAUGAAAAAUCAAUGAAAAUGUAUUUGAUGGGACGGGUUUAUUUUCCGGAAUACUGUACGGUAGAUGAAGAGAGUUGUCGUUGCAUUCAUUGUACAAUGAAAUACAAAUAUCCCCCAACACCUGAGAGUCUUGGUAUAAAAAAGAAAAGAUGA